AUGCUAGAAAGGCACAGUGGCAAGACGGAGGAGGCGCCGCCCCUGCGCACCCUCAACAUCAUUAAACUGCACGGCCGCCUGACCAUCGAAGGAUGGACCACCUCCGACUUGUCCAAAAUCAAAUUGAGCAGCAGAUCGCGACGGAUGGCUCCCACUCUUUCUAUCUCGUUGCACCCUACUGCGGUGGCGUUCAUGCAGUUUGCGUUGGCAGAGCCCGAUGAUCGUGAAGAACACCGUGAUAUCUUCGACCUGCUGGAAUCAGCCCACAAACUGAAGAUUGUCAGUUUGCAAGACCACGCCUUCCACCUUUUCUGCGCUCGGCUUGGCGCAGGGCGGACUGGUGCUCGCGAUGGAGGCAUUCUUUUCCCCGAACUUCAACAGAUGGCAUACAAACAGUUAUUUUCAAGAUCCGGGAUCCGACAUGGCGAACAGAUUCUGGAAUGGCUGAAACGACGCAAGGGCUCGCGGGCCCUAUUGAAACGGCUCAAGCUUUAUGUGAAGGAUAAUGAAAGCACGAGGCAAUGGGCAAAUGAACGUGUGCGAAGGCGUGGCGGCCAAGACGUGCGGUGUGCGAUGGAGGACGCGCGAUUCGUAGGGCGGAUACGCACCCCGCCACCCCGCUGGCACGUCUCUGCUGCAAGCCAGCGGAAAAGAGAACGAGGAACGAGCUCUCCAGCAGUCGGACAGAACCAAACGGGCCAGGGGGCACCGCACCCAGUGUGUUCCGCGAGGACACCCAGGUCCUCGCAGUACCAGCGCCAGCUUGACCUCCAUCAUCGUCCCCUCCGACCCUGCGUGCGUGGCCACAGCCGAGUCGGGCUCAGCCCAGUCCAUUCUCUGUCGACAGCCCAACACGCGAGACAACAAGACGCGACUUCUCGCGCCCCCGAGCUGUUCGCGAGCUCGUACUCAUCGGGCGCUGCAAAGCCCGACCGCCCCGAGAUGGCUCUGCGUGCCCAGCGCGCGGCGUCGGGUAUAUCUGAGCGCAAACGUUUGCGGUCUCCCGAACAACGCCCCAUCCCCGCGCCCGCCGCUCUCGCGCCUCGACGCGCCAUAACCAGGACCUCGCGCGCUCAUCGAGACCCGCCCGCCCGUCUGCAUGCAAGACCCGACAACCCACCGCAUCGCGCCCUCGACGGUACCCAUGCCCUCGAUAGGGCCCCGCGACGCCCCCGCGCCCGAGCGCAACAAACGCGGCGCGCACAGCCCGAGCAAACACACGCGCAAGAUCCCAGCCACACCAAACCAACCGACCCGGAAGCCGUGGACGACACGCGAGCACUAACACAAACACAAACACGAACACGAGCGAGAGCGAGCAGAGGAAACGCGCGCAUCGGAACGGGUUUUCCUGCCCUUCCUGCGCUAUAUCAGGCGCCGAUGGGUCCCGCGCGCCUGCAUGCGCGCGCAGCAUCCAGCCAGACUCGCAGCCGGAUAGUCGGCGUACGAGGCCGGCGGCGUCGCCCCGCGCGAGCGACCGACGAUCCCUCGCAUCUGAGCGCUGAGCAACCCCACGCGCCGGAUGCCGUCGGUAUCAGCGCUAAGAUCCGCGAGCUCGCGCGGAAAGAGAGCAGGACCACCCCAGCAAAGCAAGCGAGCGCCGUCGCGCGUCGGAAGCGGAGAGGCGGGGGGGAGAUAGUUGGGAUGGAGGAGAGUCGGGGCUCGGGAUUUGAGCGGCGGACGAGCUUCAUUCGACGUCUGGACUCGCGCCGCCGCGCGUCGCGCGUCGAUAUCCAACGUAGCCCGACAAUAGUCCAAUGUGCGACGUGCGACGCGGCUUUUCGUCAUGUUUCGAGCUCUGUGUCCGUCGAGUUUGACUUGCGCCGCGCUACGGCGUCUCGCGGAGGGUGCUGCGCGGAGGCAGGCGACGGGAGCGCGACGGUGCGAGAGGAUGCGUCGCGCUCCGUGGGCGCCGCGAUUCGCGAGGGGCUGCGGGGCAUGGGCGGACAGGGUGGGGCGACUGAGGGCGGGGAAGGCUGGCCGGUGGCUGGUGAGACAUGA